CAGAUAUGGCUGGUGGCGGAGCGCCGGGAAAAUGGCCACGGGGACAGACCAGGUGGUGGGACUCGGCCUUGUCGCCGUUAGCCUGAUCAUCUUCACCUACUACACGGCCUGGGUGAUUCUCUUGCCAUUCAUUGAUAGCCAGCAUGUCAUCCACAAGUAUUUCCUGCCCCGAGCCUAUGCUGUUGCCAUCCCCUUGGCUGUUGGUUUACUGUUGCUACUGUUUGUGGGAUUGUUCGUCACCUACGUGAUGCUGAAAAACCAGAGGGUGACCAAGAAGGCUCAGUGAAGGCCCAGCAGGGAUAAGCCUGCCAGGUGCUUUUCAGUGUCCUCUCCAGGGCAGGGACCAAGGAUGGAAGCCCGCAGGAUCAGUCCAGACACUGUGGCCCCCUCCAGCUUGGCUGCCAUCCAGAUAUCCCUGUGGGAUGGAGCUGUUUAGGACUCACCCCUGACUGACCAGAGCCCCAUUCCUCCCCUGCUCACCCUUCCAGAAGCCAGGAGGAAGGAGCAUCUGGAAGACCCUCUCAUGGAACUCUGGCCAAGGCAUGAAAGAUGCUGGUCUUCCCGCUCUCACUUUCAGACUCCCUGUCGCUUUUUCCUUUGAGUUCUACCAUCUUACCUCAGUUUUCUUC